UGCUUGCUUGUUUAUGCUCCGCAGUCGAUCGGUUCUGUUCGGUUCAGGUUACGACGGUUCUCUUCGCUAGGAGAGGUUGUGUUUUGAGUGUUUGCGGUUCUCUAUUUUCGGAAGAUUCGAGUGCCGCUGCCUACGGAGAAAACGCAUACUUUCGCACAAAACGGAUUUUAUCGCCCAGCGUACGGUUUUAUUCUCGAGAAAAACUUUAUUUUGUUUGCCACCAUAGAAAUAAAUCGGAAAAGUCCUCCCGUAUCACGUGCUACUAAUCGACAGUGAAUAUUUGCCGAAAACGUGUGUUUUGUUCUUGAUAAUUAUAUUUAUCGAUCCGCCUACGCAGUGCUAACAGCAAUUUUUAACAUAAUGCAGCUUCACUAAAACACUGCUGGCACAGCGUUUCCAUUCACCACAUCGUACUUCCGUCAAUCUGUAACUGGCGGAAUUUGUUGGUGAAUAUCAAGCAUGCAGCAUAAGAAAAGAGUUUGAACAGCGACUGAAAACGUGCAUGCGAAAAGUGAACCUGUUUGUUCGUUUAGUUUCUUUUCUUAUUUGGCUCCAUGUGAUUUGAAUGUUUGGCAAAAUCAACUAGUAACCUUAGUACCACAGUGAACGGCUGGUUUGCAGAACAAAACAAGUGCAGGUCUGCUGACCUUCCAAGUUACUCUUCUACUGUUGCGUGAGCCAAGGCUUUGGUAAUGGCUACCAAUGAUAACCAAAAUCUGCUCGAUACCAGAAAAAAUGGUUCCAUCAGUAUCGUUGGCAAAGGCCUCGGCCAAGAAACGGAGAAAACGCCAUUUCUUCCAUCGGAACCAGUUCGACUUACACCAGCGUGGGAAGAAAACAAUCUGCCCAAUGAUGAGCUUAAUUUCAAAGGGGUCACCAUGGAACGGGCCAAAAUGGAGCUGCAUCCGCCCCGCGAUAAGCUGCUGCUCGUAUUCCUGACGCUCAUGAUCCACGGCGUGGGUACGCUGAUGCCAUGGAAUAUGUUCAUUACUGCCAAGUCGUAUUUUGUAGAUUAUAAACUUAGUCAAAACUACACCGGAGUGGAAUCCGAAUAUGGAACAUACUUCCUGUCAUACGUCGGAUUUGCUUCGCAGAUACCUAAUCUGUUGUUCAAUUGGUUGAACAUCUUCAUGAAUCUCGGAGGAAACCUAACCAAACGCAUCGUCUACAGCAUCCUGAUCGAGGUGAUAGUAUUCGUUGUGACCGUGGUUCUUGCCAUGAUUGAUUCAUCCGAGUGGCCUGGAGCUUUCUUCUGGAUCACUAUGAUAACGGUGGUAAUUUUGAACAUGGCUGGGGGUAUCUACCAGAACACGGUUUAUGGAAUGGUCGCCAAGUUGCCUUUCAAAUAUACCGGUGCCGUCGUGCUCGGAUCCAACAUUAGUGGCACGUUUGCAUCGAUUAUUGCGAUCCUCAGUUCACAGUUUGCUUCCUCGGUUCGGACGGCCGCUAUUUACUACUUUAUCACGGCGAUGUUUGUGCUGUUACUUUGCUUCGACACCUACUUCGCAUUGCCUCUCAAUAAAUUUUAUCGGUACCAUGAAAUGCUGAAAGAAAAGGAACACGAAACGCACAAACGGGCCGGAAUCAACGUUGACGGACGGCCUCCCUACUGGACCAUAUUUAAGCAAGCGUUUCCGCAGCUGUUCAAUGUGUUUUUCGUAUUCUUCAUCACAUUGUCCGUGUUUCCGGCCGUUCAUUCGGAUAUCAAGCGAUCCGAUGCGGACUUCCUGGUUGGCGAUGAUCUGUAUGUGAGUAUCACAUGUUUCCUCACCUUCAACGUCUUUGCCAUGCUGGGUAGCUUGACGACCUCGUGGGUAACCUGGCCCAAGCCGAAGUAUUUGGUGUGGCCGGUCAUUCUUCGUGUGGUAUUCCUGCCACUGUUUCUGCUCUGCAACUACCGACCACUUGGAAUUGAGCGAAUCCUGCCGAUCUAUAUUGAUAAUGACUGGGUAUACUGGGGAAUCGCUGUGGUGAUGGCAUACACCUCUGGUUAUCUCAGCUCGCUAGGCAUGAUGUAUACCCCGCAAUCUGUAGAGUCACAACACGCUGUAACAGCGGGUAUGUUUGCCGCGGCUAUGCUCAUUACCGGUAUAUUCACCGGUAUUUUGUUUUCGAUGGUUUUCCCACUGGUCGUGCAGUACAAUUUUCUCGAGUGGCUGCACUAGGGCUGGCGCUGGGGAGUUGGUUUGUUGACGCUGAUAAGCUAGAUCAACUGAUCAUGGCGUCUGUCACCAGGCGGUCUUCUACUAUACUAAGUGUGUUGAAAUGUUUUCUUUGGUUCAUAGGAAAUAGUAUAAGCAAGCAUGACCUCUUAAGCACAAUCAAGUGGGGUUGGAGAAUAUUCUGUAUACUACUUACUAGGCCAGAUGCAAAACCCAAAUUAAUUGCUCAUCGUCCCCGAAGAGUAUCAAAGAUUAAGUUUACGUUAUGUUAGACUAUGUUGUACUAAUAUUUCUUCAAAUUAAAUUUUGAAAUGAAAAGAACUUGUAGCUGACUGAUAGAUUUUUUUAGGUGUUCCUCUCCAUUUUUUUCUACUAACAUGUUUGUACUAGCCUAGGCUAUUAGGUUAAGCGGAUUUCAAGCGAAUGCUGUCCCACGCUCUUACAUUUUACUGUAUUUCUGGACUGCUCUCAUCUAGUGUAAUAUUCAUUCAUUAGUUAAGCUUUCGUUAUCACUUAGGUUCAGAAAAGUUUCAAUUGGUUUGUAAUAGAGUUAGUAUUUAACAAGAAAGUAUAUUUUUAUAUAAACAAGUGCUUUUAUUUAAAACUUUUGAAGAAUAUUCCUCCCGUUGCUUAUGAUUUUUCUUAGCUAUUUCCCGUUUCGUCUAUUCCUUUUACAUUUAUGAUACCUUAUAAUUCUUUUCUCAAGUAGUUAAUUUUUUUGUUUCAAGAUCGAAAAUACUCGUCUUAUUUGCAAUGUAUGCUAUACCGCCCUAUUUUAAAUUUCUCCUUAUUCAAAAAAAAAAUUAGUUUCGUAGAUUGAUUUGUUUUAUUUUUUUUUAUACGAAUUGAACGAUGAUUGGGAAAUCCAUCGAUCGAGCAUAUCCUAUGUAAACUGUACAUUACCUAGGUAUACUUCUUACAACUUUUUUACAGAAAAUAGACUCAGAGACAAUAGUUGUUCGCAGGAAGCAAGCAACCUGUCGAACAUAUUCUAACUUUCUAACUAACGUUCGGAAAUUCUAAAAAACUCCCAAUUGCUAGAUCCAAAACCAACUUAUCUGGCUAUAUACUUAUUUAUCUAUUAUUAGAUAGGUACAAACAUAUCUCCUAGAAAUAUCAUAAAAUAAUCUAACGUAGGAAAAUUUUCUAUUCGAGUAUAAGAAGUAGUUGAAUAUUCCCUCUUUUACGUCAUUCAGAGUUCCAUUCACAGUUGAAACUGCCAGCUCUACGAUCAUACUUACAAUAGACAAGUGAAAUCUUAUCCUAUUGUUCUUGUGCAUUUUACAAUACGCUUCGUUCAACACUACUCAACUAAGAACCCUUCGCCGAACUACAUUUAUUAGGAUGAUAGAUAUUCUUUAUAAAAAGCAAAUACAACACGAGGAACCACACUAAGACAAUAACCAAUUUUUGGAACCCUCAAAAAUUUUGCACACUUGUGCUAGUUUUUUGAUACAUUUAUAUCAAACACACGUACCAAAUAACCAAGCAACGUUGGCCGCUGUUUGUGUCCAUUUUUGUAUGUAAAGAUAAAGCAAAUAAAAAUAAAUUAUCCAGUAAACGCGUUUGCGGACAAUAAAACUUGAAAUUGUAGACUUAACGCGAUGGCACAUAAAUUGCUCAAGAAAAUACAUAACUGUGAGCUUGUCAUCAGAAAGGUGAAUAACAUAAUUCAAUACCGUUGUAAUCAAGUAAAAUCACCUUCGUUUGUUUUUUGCUGUACUUGUGUCAUUCCGAUUCACUGUCUACUUCACACAUACGUCUUUGUAAUCUUUUAUUAUAGUGAUUCUAUAUUGAAAUCAGUUGAGUAAUAAUUUUUGAAUUAACGGAAAACGUAAACUAAACGUUGAAGUUGCAGUUGUGUGACGAAAUGUGACGAGAGGGAGGGUGGGGGUUCAAGCCAAGCUACGUAGCAAACAUGAAACUACGAAAAAAAUUUGUAUUUUUUCUAAUUGUUCUUUUUUAUCACUGUUUUGUCUGCUUAUGGUCAUUUUUAUUCCUUCCUUGUCUUUUCUUGUUCAUUAAUGACUCAAGGUAUGUUUUGGAUAUAAAAAUUUGCAAAACAAAUUGUUAUAAAACUACGUAAUUAUCUAGAGGGGGGUCCUGACUUUGUGACGAAAUGCUACGAUGGGGGAGGAGGGGGUCAAAAAAACCUCAAAAAAGCUACGUCAUUUAUGGAUGUUCCCUAAGUGAAACUACUUCAAACGAACGAAAUUGAAAUUUUGAUUUGUCCAGCAUCUUGGUUUAAAUCGCAAGGGAUAAAAUUAAUCAUUUUUGGAUGAAAUAAUCAAGCUAGUGUCACACUAUAAAGCUGGCAUCACACCAAUGAAUAUCGAUCGAUAAUCCUAAUGACAACUUUGAAAGCCAAAAGAAGCUGGGAAAAUGUGAUCAAUAUGACGACACUUUCGACCGGAAAUUGUUAAACAUCUCUGACCACAAGCUCUUAAGAGGCGUCGCCAAAGUCUAUUCUAAGCUUUCUAAUUUAUCUAAACAUUCGCUAGAUAAAAUUUCAUUAUUAAUUGCGCAAACUUCUCUUAAAAAAUAGGGAAACAGAUGAUCUGUUCUAAAGCCAACAAGCGGUUCACAGUGUAAAUCAAGCUGUGAAGUAUUACAUACAUGAUCCACGUAUACACUGUAAAAAAGCAAUUAUCACAAGUAGGCUUUAUAUACAGUAGUCUUCUAUGCGGCUAUUGACUAGCCCUUUUGUGACAUAAAUGUCAAUAACAAACAAACUCCGUGUUUUUGAUACCGUGAUCAUAGCUGGAAUCAUCAUAUCGCAAUCUAAAGCUAAAUAACGUAGUAACAUAUAACUUGUUGAACAAUGCAACCAAUAUUACGGAAGUUUACUGAAAUAAAAAGAUCAUAUUCGUUAAACAUGUUUUCCAUUUUAAGUACUUUA